AUGUUUGAGGUCUGCUUGCAAUCGGCUAGAGUCCAGGACCUUCAUAUGCACCUACUGAUAAUUCUUUCGUGUGAGCACAGCGAACAUCUUACAUAUGACAAUCAAGAGCCUUCCGUCGGCGAUGGCCUCUAUGCCUCGGAUGCAUUGGGUGCACAUGCAGCUCCAGAUACCAGCAACGUUGCUGUCGUCAUCAUCGAGACGGAUAUCACGCGAGUGUUCAAUCUGGUGCCCGUCAUACUUCAUUUUGCUACGGUGUUGGGCCCUACCUGGUCGAUAGUGCUCAUGACGCUCGAAUCGAACUGGGACCCUCUUAACUUCCCCGCUUCUAAACGCUUAAUUGAGACGGACCGGCUACGGGAUUUGAUCGGGGCCUCCAUCGCACCUCAAUUAGGCCAAGGGUACAGCGGUGGCCUUUCGUUGCGUAAUCCGAAAUUCAUGUACGACAUUAUUACUGACCCUGACGCAACUCUUGGUCUGGCCGAUUUUGAGGACCAAUGGCUCAAUGCAAGAGUCAGGGAACGCAACGGAAAUCUGCCUAGCCCGGAAGAGGCGAUGGAGUUCUCGGUAGAGUCGAUGUACUACGAAAGACCUUUAGGAUAUUAUCAACCAGCUCGACGGCAAAAGGAUGAUCUAACUAAAAUAGCCGAGCGGUGUCCAGAGAUUGGCCUAUUGUAG